AUGACCUACCCACUCAGUUUGCCUACUCAUCGCCCUCUCAUCACCCUUACACACCCCAAUGAGGCCCUUUGGAUCAUCGAACUACACCAUUCCAAUGACAACCGCUUAACUCUUGAAAUGGUCGACUAUGGUAUCAAGCCUGCUCUGGAUGCCGUGGAAAGAGACUGGCGCGGACAGUGGAGAACCGCUCAGCAGAACAAGGACACGGAAGGCGCCAAGGGAGCACUGAUAUUUGUUGGUGCUAGAAACCAGGACAAGUUUUUUAGCAAUGGUCUUGACUAUCCCAGUGUCGUUGCGAAUCUAAACUUCUUCCCGGUUACAUAUGAUCCCCUUCUUUCGAGGCUAUUGACUUUCCCAAUUCCAACCAUCGCCGCCAUUAACGGGCAUUGUUUCGCUGGGUCAAUGAUGCUGGCUUUGGUAUGCGACUACCGUGUCAUGACUGAUGGUAGUGAGCGACGCGCAUGGAUGUGCAUGAAUGAGGUCCUCUUUGGUGCUAUCUGGCCUCUUUCCUUCGCGGCCAUUCUUCGUGCCCAAGUUGGUGAUGGCCGGUUGCAUAGAAAAAUAGCACUAGAAGGCCAUAAAUUCACGCCAAAAGAGGCUUUGGAGGCGGGGCUUGUAGAUCAUAUAGUCUCCGGGAACACCGCUGAUGUGUUGGCUAAAGCAGAAGAAGUAGCAAAAACAGUUGGUAUGAACGCGCGACACGGUGUUUGGGGAUUGAUCAAGGCUGAUCUAUACCGAGACACCUUGGCAAUGAUACGGAAACAAUCACGCCCGAUGAAUCCUCAACUCGACGACGCAGCAGCUCAGUCCCGCCUCUAA